CAACGCCGUACAACACACAUCGGUUAACGGGCGCGAACGUUCGUCAGUUUUCACAUACAUUUACAGGUUAACACAUCACUCAAGAUGUCAAGUUUCGCUGUCCGUGACUGUCGUACGAAUGCGAGCACAAUUUCAUUUAACAUUUUUCGUAUAUCAUAUUUUUAUUGACACUUUAACUAAGGUCAACUGAUCUCAAUUGCCACGAGGACGGAACGAUCGAAUAAGUUCCGUGACGGCCAAUUGAGAGUUCCAUUGACGUCCAAUAAGAAGAUGCCCCCCAAUUGGAAAAUAAAAGAACGUUAAAUAAAACGAUGGUGUCAGUGAAUGCAAUUAGCGCACGUACGUUAAUUUAAUUACAUCUACGUUAAGUAAUUUGGUCUUUGAAAAUGAGCGCGGCGAAACGAGCGAAACUGGACGACGACGGCGACUGUCACUUUUAUCCUGUGUUACCAGACGAACUGAUCGAGGACAUACCCUUGGAGGAGGUCUAUUAUACCACUGUUGCCAAUCCAAAAGACAUAUCAAAAGCUAUUACUGAACUGAAUGCUGUUUAUCCACUGCCGGAGUUGAUGCAUUUGAAGAAAAUGCGAGGAAAAGAAAUUCUUCUGUUGCCGUGUGCAGUUGCAGAUGAAGAUCAAGUUUUAAAAGUUCUCAAAAGCAAGGGCUUCAAUGUUGCCCUAUUAGAGGACAAUAUAAGACGAACCAUGGUGGCAAAAAUUGCGCCAAAAGUGAGAAAGCAGUAUGAGGUUGUAAACAAAUUAUGGCCCUGCAACUUCCACAGUAACAAGUAUUUGGAGAAACUUAGUACGAAUACGAUGUUUAACGAAAGGGAAAUGCAGCAGCAUCGCAGCUUCAUGAAAGUUGCUGUAGAUGUGGCAAAAAUGUCCUCCAGUUUAGCUGGUGUUGUUGUGGUGGAUCCUAAAUUAAACUCGCUUGUAGCUGUCGGAUAUAGUCAAACAUCUACAGGACCCUACAAGCAUGCAGUAAUGGUGGCUGUCGAUAACGUUGCUAAAACUCAGAACGGAGGACUUUGGCAAAAUCCGCGACACAAGACGAAUGGACCAUUGGACUUACGAGGAAUUCCGGAUAAUCUUUUGAAUCGGCUACAAGAAAAGCAUCCAAAUAUUAGUUUUGGCGCAACCAAGUAUAAAUCAAAAUGUGAAGUAGAAGUACCAGCGGAUGGACCAUAUUUAUGUACAGGUUAUUAUCUGUAUUCUACAUGUGAACCAUGUGUGAUGUGUGCGAUGGCCUUAAUUCAUAGCAGAAUUAAAAGAGUGAUAUACGGUUCGCAAUCAACAAAUGGAGGUUUAGGAACAUUGUGCAAGAUUCAUACUGUGAAAGACUUGAACCAUCAUUAUGAAGUUUUUGCUGGACUACUUGAAAGGGAGUGUCAAAGCCUUUAGUAAUAUAUAAGUUAGAUAUA